GAUGUCAAGAUGGCUGCCACGUACAUCUGAUCGGAGGUGUGUGUGCUCGCGAAAUUUGACGCCGACCGUGAUAAAAGGGGCUGUGUUUUUCGAGUCCCUGACAUGGUGACAGUGCAUAGUUAGUCGGCCUGUAUCCAUGAGGACCACUUUGUACACCAUCGAUGAUAGUUCUUGUCGUCGCGGCCGGCGGCGGCUCGCAUUGAACCAUGUUCAGCAAAAAACUUCAUGCAGACGUCAAAAAGUCAACACUGAAGAUUCAGGAUGUUAAAAAGGAUAGCGCGACUCGGUUCAAGCACCUUAAAAUCGUAUUAGAAAAUGUGGACACUGAUGAGGCAAAGGGGUUUUUUGAAGGCAACUUCAGUCAUGUUUAUUUUAUUCUGUAUGAUUGUUUUGUGUCAGCUGAAACAAAUCUACGGCAAAGAGAACUUUCCUUCCACAUUGCACAUAAAGCAAAUAGGGAGGAAUUGGAGCAAGUAUUGCAGCUCUUAGAGAAAGUUUUGACACUUCUCCCAGAGCUUCUUAAUAGGAGAUGGCAAUGUCACAGUCUGGCAAGAAUUUUGCAAAAACUUUUACAUCCUGGUAAUAGUUGGAAACUUCGUAGACAAGCCUUAAGGUAUUUUAUUUUAUGGUAUCAAGCGCUUGGCGAAAAUGCACCGGAGCAUAUACAUCAAAUGUUUGCGAGUUUGGUACCAGGGUUUCCACCCCAGCAGCCAUCUCCUUACAAGUCUGAACGUAAGGCGGAUGGGAAGAGGGAUAAACUUGCAAAAGUAAUUGGUUGUGAUGAUAAAGAUAAGAAAGAAUUUUAUGAUACGCAAUUGUCGCAAAGUACUUUCCACGACAAUGCCUCGAACCAAUGUCCCGUCGCUCCUGUCGACGGAGGGCCCAUUUUACCUCCGCAAAGCGGGGAGAAGCCUCUCGACAACGAGACUGUUCGUUUUUUAGAAGCAUUACUUGAAUUUAUGGUUACUCAGGUCAUGAAGAUAGAAUGGCGUGAUAAAUCUUCACGACAGCACAAGACUUUUCAAUUUUUGUUAGAACGUUUUAAAGUUGCAUACCUUCGUCAUAUUUGUCCCGAGUUUGACGAUAAUUUCUCCUUGUACAAACCUAAUUUAGAAUUGCCUACGAUGCGUAAACCAACAAAUCAAAGUCAGGAUAAUUAUGUAUUAUGUAAAGUUGCGUUGAUCAAAUGGAUUGCUAGUUUUACGCAUAUCGCUAGAAAAGAUGGUCUUUUCGCACAUCUUUCGCACAGCACAACUCCGAACGAAGAAAAUACGGAUUCGGAACUUCGUCGCGUAUCGGUUACACAGAAUUCGUCCGAUUCGAGUUUACUGUCGCCCGAAUCGUCUAUAUCUCAACCAGAAAAUCAAAAUCAGGAAGAUAACACCGUCUCGGCCGUUACGCUAGUCAGAGAAGUUCUGUACAGUAACAGAGAUAACGUGAAUUUCGUUCACGAACUGUACAGACAAGCAUUUCUUCUGGACUUUAAUCACGCUGGUGCUAUAAGAAAGGCUAUAGCCGUUUACAAAGAUUGGAUACAAAUGAGUGAGCUUCCUCCGUUCAUGUUAGAAUCGUUGGAUAGUCACAAAGAACGAGACUUGGACGAGACUUUUAAAAAGGAUACGAACGAUAUCGAUAAAAGUCCAUCCGAAUCUUACCGUCAAACGAGAUUGAGGAACGAUUCUUACCUCGGUGCUAUACACAGGGAAAAUUUGUUUAUAAGAGCGGGUUUACAAAAUGUUCUACAAGUAUUCAUUACGCAAGCUUCUAAUGUAUUCUUCUUAGAACAUUCUGGACCAAAUGCAUCUCCGACGUUGCUCGAAGAACAAACGGAUAGUUGCAAAAGAGUAUUAAACGUGUAUCGUUACGUCGUUAUGCAUUCUAGAUUAGAACCAGGCACUUGGGAACAGUUGCUUAGGGUAUUGCUACAAAUAACAUCGCUCGUUCUGAACGAGAAAUCGUCUCGACGCAAAGCUCAGGAAAGCAUCGGCGGCAAACUUGCACCUGCUAUAUUUCAGACUUUAAUCGUCACGUGGAUUAAAGCCAAUCUGAAUGUGAUUAUCUCUACCCAGUUAUGGGAUCAGUUUCUGGACGUGUUAACGUCUUUAACGCAAUGGGAGGAGUUGAUUCGAGAGUGGGCGAAAACGCUGGAUACCUUGACGAGGGUACUUGCCAGGCACGUGUACAACUUGGAUUUAAACGAUCUGCCAUUGGAUAGACUGAGCGAGCAAAAGACUAAAAGGCGUCGCGGCGUUGGAAGUCGUGCCGCUUCCACGGGGAGUGUCCAACCACCUCGCAAAGGAAGUGUCGAUCAAGAAAAUAACGCUGUGUCUAAAGAAAAUGUCACUGACCAUCCGAUGCGAGACUUGAGGAAAGUGCGACCACUUCCGCGCAGCAUGAGCGACAACACUAUAUACAAUGGAAAAGCGCGGACGAAGCUUCACAGAAAUCGUACCCACACAGUGCACAGCGGCAUUCCUGUACUCCCCCUAUCGAUAGAGCAAGACAUGGCGCGGUUGUUGUCGAGUGGUUCCACAUCGUCGUCGGGAACUGGCAGAAAAAUGUUACCGAACAGACGCGCUAAAUCCUUGGAUAGCAUUGUCAUAGUCGAUAGCGAACCACCGUCGCCGCGAUGCCCAUCCCCGACGCCCAGCAGCGGGGUUGACAGCAACAAAGACAGUCCGAUACAAAUAGAAAACAUUGACGGCAGUAGUAUCGACACUAACGAUGCAUCGGAAAGGAGAUCUGUUAUGGCAGGUGGUGGUGUUCGCGGAUGGUUACCAGAUGUAGCGGUCGUAUUAUGGCGACGAAUGUUGUCAGCCUUAGGGGAUGUAAAUAACAUUCAAGAUCCUUCCCUGCACGGUCAAGUCAUGGACUACCUCGUUCAACUUACGCAAACGCUUAUAAAAAUUCGUUUAAAUCAAGGUGUAUCUGGGGACAAUCAAGCAACCCCUCCAGCUCCAGAACUUAUACCUCCGUUAACGGUUAUUGCUCCGUGGUGUUUUAAGGCGAUACAACUUCCCGAUCAAUACCAAAUUGGUAAAUUAGCAGCGUACCGUUUGAUCUGUCUUUUGACAGUUCAGCCUCAGGACAUCAACUUACCGAAACAACACUUGACCCUCUUUUAUCGCGCGGUUCACAACGGUAUCGUUAGCAACGACAGCAAAGUACUGCAUGUGCUGGUCAAAUACACUGGACCCAGGUUAUUCAGUUUGAAUCUUCCCGGCUCUAGUCUACUGAUCCUGGAUUACAUUCAUGCUGCUAAUGUAAUAUUAAGUAGUCAGGAUAUCGAGGCACCGAGAACAGAGGCUGUCUCGAUAAUUGGGUCGCUGUUAUCAUUACCUGCUACUACAAUUAAAUUGCCUGUAUUGCAACCUACCCCAACGGAUAUUCUCACCAUGACGUGUCCAGACGCAAAGGAACAUAUAAUCACGAUCCUUUUAAGAAGCUGUAGGCGUGAACCAACUGGUAUCGCAAGAUGCGUGGCUCUUUCGAGCAUCGCGAUGUUUGUGUACCGAGAAUUGUGCUACAAGAAUCAACAUCCGCGGAUCCCAGAAUCUGUUACAGUUCUUCUUUUGGCGCUCAGGGCCAGUCAUGCCACUGUCGCACAAGUCGCGUGUGACUCUCUUCUGUUGCUGUGCGAUAAAGCGGACACCCUUUUAGAGCUAUAUCCGAAUGUGCCAUCUAAAAUAAUUCAUAUUUUAUCAGAAACGCUUGGAUAUAUGAGUACACGAGACAGGCGAGGUCCAUUGUCAAUAUCAAUGUUAUUUUGUUUGGGCGAAUGGGCAAUGCAUCUAGGUCCGGAUGUUUUAUUGCGAGUAUUUCAGGGAAAACCUUUGCUAAUGACUUUGUUCACGGUUUUGGAUAAUAUAGUGCAGGAUAGAGUCGCCAAAGGUUUAUUACACUCGGGUAAAAAUCACGGGGACGAAGACGAUGAUUUCGAUCCCGAUAUCACGUUGGACAACUUGGCCGACGAAAUUAGCGCCAAAUCACCUCGUCGAGGCAAUAUUCAAUCUGUCCAAUUAGCAGCAAAAAUGGUCAUGAUGCAUUUAAUAAAUCAUUUGGGACAUUUUCCAAUGGGUAUCGGAGCUGCGCGACUAUCCUCGUUGGUCGUCGAAUUGGACGAUGUACCAGGAAUCGACGGAGACGAAUUGUCAUCCGCCAUCUUUCAUGCGCCAAACAUACAAUUACUGAUGUUGUCAAACUCUGUGAUAAUGUCGCUAGUCGAGCUGGCCGCGUUGGACGCACCUGGUGGUGGUGUCACUGCGGGAUUAACAACGGCUCCGUCGUUGGUUAGAGUUCUGUUGCGAGAUUUGGCGGGGAAAGCAUCUUGGGAUAGUUCGAUUUUGUACAGCCAACCGUCGGCAGACGACGAUGCACCGAUAGCAUUUACAAAACACGUCGAAUGGAAAACAAAAAUACACGGCGACGAUUUGAGCAGCGUUACGACAUCUCAAACGUGUACGCCUCGGCACACGAUACGACACCGCGAACCUCACAUAUUGCCUACGUUUGCGAACGGUGCGAGCGAUAUGGAUAACUUGGACGAUCUCUUACAAUAUAUAGGGCACACGAGUCCCGAAGUAUUAACCAAUCCAGAAAUCGCACUGAACGCUCCUGCUAAUCCACCACAGGGGCAUUACCUCGAAAGCGAAACCAUCGCGACCAUUCUCAAUCAAAGGAACGCGGAACAAGAGCAUAUCAAUAAUUGGAAUCAGCAUAUUAGCAUGUGUGCAUCAGCAAUAAAUCCUCCAUCUUGUCGACCACCGCCAGCGCCAUUUCAUCACUGCCGUCUUCUGUUUUCGCAUCUGGGUCUGUCGGGGUGGGAGCAACGUAGAAAAUUACAUUUACUGUCGAAGAAUGAGAAGCUCUUGCGAGAGCUACGGAACCUGGACAGUCAGAGGUCCAGGGAAACGCAUAAAAUAGCAGUGAUUUAUGUUAGUCAGGGUCAGGAGGAUAAGAACUCUAUAUUAAGCAACGUUACCGCUAGCAAAGAAUACGAGAACUUUAUCGCGAAAUUGGCGUGGGAAGUCGAACUUGAAUCGCACACAGGUUUCCUUGGUGGUCUCGUUCCUGGGAAAGCAUCCGGCGUUACCGCGCCCUAUUUUGCUACAUCCUUCACCGAAAUUCUUUUUCACGUGGCAACGAGAAUGCCUUCCGAUAGUCAUGAAAGUUUAUUGCAAAAAACGCGACAUCUUGGCAACGACGAGGUUCACAUAGUUUGGUCCGAACACUGGAGAGACUAUCGCAGGGAUAUUAUACCGACCGAAUUUUGUGAUGUUUUAAUAGUGAUAUAUCCGUUACCCAACAAAUUGUAUAGAAUUCAAAUAUCCCGAAAGUCGGAGAUUCCAUUUUUCGGGCCUCUGUUCGACGAAUGUAUCGUGGAAGAUAAAGUUCUACCCGGAUUAGUGAGAACAACCGCGCUGGCCGCGAGCAGGGCAAAACGGUCUACGCUUACGUUGUAUCAACAUUAUUACGAAGAGAGAGCGAGGUCCAUCGAUACUGUUAUGAGAAACCAUAAAGAAGCAACCACAUUCGAGGAAUUUACAGCAAACGUGUACUCUCCGGUACAACCACCGAGCCCAUUCAGCGGGGCUUCUUCCGUGUCUGGAUCUACAACAAGCGUGCAAUCCACAGCAUCGUCAAACCUCGCAGCAGCGCUUAUAGAUUCUCAUCAGGGUCGAUCCGGUCUACGAAGUUCAUCGGCGACGAGCAGCGAUAACCGCGCGAAUAGAGUUUCUGAUGGAAGCAGAGUGUGGUUUAGCAACGACACGCCAGAGAGUACAGCACUUCAUGGAAUUUCACCUAGACCUGUAAAAAAGAUGUCGUUCAAAACUGGACCGAAGCAAAGAGCAAGCACUCAACCCACACCACCCGACAGUCCAAGAUAUAAAUAAGAAAUUUUGUAUCAAUACGAUAAAAAAAGAACAUUUUUUGCACAAGAGGUUGUCUGGGUAUAUCCUGGAAGUUGUAAUUUAAGAGAAUUCUUUAAAAUGCUAAUUAACACAAUGCGUUACGAUAGUAUACAACAGGUGACCCACUGUACUCUACAUUGAAGGUAGUAGGUACGUUAGGAUUAAAAUGGCGGGUUCGGGUGACUUACCAUUUUCGAAAUUGUCUUUACAGUGGGCAUCGAAAUAUCUGAUUAGUCUUAGCGUUUUCUGUUUUCCGUCCUUAGGUUUAAUUUUUAUAUUAAAUGUACAGAUCGUUGUUUAUUUAUUGCAACGUGAAUAUUAAUUUAUUGGAACAUAAAUAUAUGAGAAGAUUUAAUGGAUCAUAGGUAUACAAUAGUAACUAUAUUUGUUAUAUACAUACACUUAUCAGUGUCACAUGACAGCUAUUUUCAUUGUACAGUACUUUCUUAAGAUCAGUUUACCCUUGUACUUGAAUAGGUAAGCUUAAAUAAUUAUAUCGAUUAAAGCUUCUAUCUUAAUUUAUAUCAAAGAUAACGAGCAUCUCGAUGUUACACACAUGCCUUUGUAAAAUGUUAACUUUUAUUUCCUGUAAUGUAAUGGGGUGAUAAGAACACAUAAUUAUCGUGUAAUCGCAAAACACACGACUGUGCGCGUGUUGAUAAGAAUCAAAUAUUAUUUUUUAACGUCAAGGUUUUACAAGUCAACAGUGUCACAUCUAUUAGUACUGUAAUAAGUUGUACUUCAUGUUUCGCGUUCGGUCCGAAUUUUUUUUUUUUUUUUUUAAACUGUCUACACGUUACAUUCCAUACGAUUUAUCUUUUCUACGCUUCACAUUCAUUCUAUAUCCUUUGAGUAAAUUUUUUAACGUAUCUCCGAAAAGAUCGAAGCAUUCCAUUUAAGUUUUUUUUUUUAUUCGAUUUCAACGACUGGUACCACAUGUUAGAAUUUACGCGUUAACAGUGUCUUAGUUUGUGUACAUUGUGUAGAGGAAGAGAUCAAUUAGGGAACAGUUCUGUUGUCAUACCAAAGUUACAGGUACUUGGUGCUUUACGAUACUCGAGAUAUAAGUAUUUUAAAUAAUGUGUCAAAACGUGUUAUUUCCGAAGGUUAAUAAAUCUAAAAAAAAAAAAUAAAUAAAUAAAAAAAAGAGAGAAAAAGUGAGAGAGAGAAAGCGAAAUUGGGAAGAGUUUUUGAAAGUAAACGAAUAAUUAAAAGUGUGUUGAGUAAGAGUAAACUGUUGCUUUGGAAAGAUUCAUGUUAACACAGUGAUAGUAAUCAAAGUAUUAAUAUAUUAUUGGUCGCUGUCGAUAUGAUCAGAGUUUAGGGUGAAAUUAUAUUGUAGUGAAUAUCGAUAUGAUGGUAUUCGAGCUGGGAUUGUAAUAGACAACACGUUUCGAGUUUUUUUUACCAUUUUAAAGAUUGUCAGAAACCGCAUUCAAAAGUGUAGGGUGUUAGCAACGAAGAUGUAGAUGAAUAAUUACCGAUGUGCAGACCAUGGCCAAAGCAGCAUUAUUUUUUCACUAAUUUAUAACGAAGUAGAAUUGAGAAGAGCCGUGUAUGUAUUGUACAUAAAUUGUUAAGCUCGCGAACGGUAUCGAGGUCAUUAAUGAAAAUUAUUCUCUGCGAAACAUUGUAUCGCUAUAUUAUUGAAAAAACUAUUGGUCUAUAUAUGCGUAUAUUCGAUAUAUACAUAUAAAGAAGAAGAAGAAGAAGAAGAAAAAGAACUUAUUACAGUCUUACAUAAGGAUGCUUUCACGAAUCGUAUCUAAAAACUGUACUUAAUUAACUAUUUUCAUUAGUACCGUUAUAAUAACUACUUGCUAUUAUUUAUGUUAUAAAUAUAUAAAUUGCUGUUAACAUUAUUAGCGUAGCGCUGAUCUAUUUUUCUUACUGGACAUUACGCUUGCAAUACAUCAGAACGAAACACACGAAAAUACCAAGGGAAUCAUGAACGAAAUCUUCGGUAGAUAAUGUUGUUUCAUUAUAUAAAAAAUUUCUACCAAUUUUGUUCUAAUUUUUCUCGCGGACAUUUAAUUGUGUAUGUACAAAUGGUACGUGUUUACAAUCCAUUGCUUCUAUAUAAAUGUUAAAAAGAGUUUAUAUAUCUAUGUAUAACAAUUGUUUUAUACUUAGCGAGAGGGAAGCUCUACACGUCAUCUGAUUCUACUGUUUGCCAAAUAGAAUCGUGUCUGAUUUUCUGUUCACGAUGAAUUUAACAAGUUGUAAUCGUUUCGAAUCUUUAGACCGAUGGAAACGGUGUGGAAUUAGAAUUUCGUAGAAUUGCAGGCGGCGGCGAGGUUAACGAGUAGCGUUUCAGAACUUUUUAAACGAAAUUUCUGCUGUAAAAUCUGUACUAUGAAAUUCGAACACCCGUGAAAACGUUUUCAGGAUUUACAGUGUUCUAGAACAGAAUAGGAAUCGGAUAGGAAAACGUAUAAUUCUGUAUUAAAAACGCAUUAGAUAGUUUCCCAUAGAGAGCGGUAUUCGGAAUUGAUCUAAAACACGUUAUUCUUCUGUAACGGAAAUUGCCCAAAGGUUUCUCUAAUAUCGUAUUAAUUGUACACAUUUCUGCAAUGGAAUGUACAUUUUAUUGCACAAUAAAAUUGUGAUG